CUUGUUCUGACGUGAUAGAGAAAAUUUUCUAAAUUGUGGUGCAGCUGGAAUAAAAUGAUUUCUCCGUUUUUUAAAAUGUUUUUCUGGUUUAUUUUCGCGCUCGCGUGUCGUAUCGUUUAUCUUUUGCUUUCGGAAAGUGUUUUGUUGUGCGAUUGGUGUUGGAAAAGUGGCUUGAUAUCGAAUAAUUUCAUUGUAAACAGAUGAAACUACAUCGGGAAAUCAACAGCUUACAAGUAUAGAUUAUAAUCCGGCACUUAUACUCCUACAGCAAAUCUGUAUAAAGUUGAUAUCGAUAUCAAUAUAGUUAUGAUUAAAUCAAAACAAAUUUUGUUUUAGUUUGUGUUGUUUAUAUAACAAAUUGCUGGUUGCUACGUACAUGAAAAAUGUGUGGCUGGUGCUCAAAAGAAGACCUGUUUUUGGAAAUCCCAGGAACGUCAAGUUUAUAAGCUCGACCUCGCUUUCAGAACCUGCAAAGGGCGGCGUUUCAAUUCCGCCUCCAAACGAGCGUUCAGCAAACAGGCAGGCCUGGCUAGCGCUCAACUCCACCAUCGAAUGCACGAGGUGCUGUUCUUCGGAGGUCAUGGCGUUCAAAUACGCCGGUGCAGAACCUGCUGGAAUGACCACCGUAGACUCGGCAAGCCUGGCGCUCAUCACCGCCAUCGAACGCAAGUGGUGCAGCUCCCCAGAGGUCAGGAGACAAACCUGGCGUUCACGCCGGUGCAGAACCUGCUGGACCAAUCAGCGUACAUGAUUAUUCGGUGUUAAAUUACGCCAAACUGACGCGCGCUGAAGGUCGGAACGACCACCGUAGAACCGGCAGGCCUGGCGCUCAACUCCACCAUCGAAUGCACGAGGUGCUGUUCUUCGGAGGUCAUGGCGUUCAAAUACGCCGGUGCAGAACCUGCUGGAAUGACCACCGUAGACUCGGCAAGCCUGGCGCUCAUCACCGCCAUCGAACGCAAGUGGUGCUGUUCCUCGGAGGUCAUGGCUUUCAAAUACGCCGGUGCAGAACCUGCUGGACCAAUCAGCGUACAUGAUUAUUCGGUGUUAAAUUACGCCAAACUGACGCGCGCUGAAGGUCGGAACGACCACCGUAGAACCGGCAGGCCUGGCGCUCAACUCCACCAUCGAAUGCACGAGGUGCAGCUCCCCAGAGGAUGGCCUGGCGUCAUCGAACAUCCCGAAAGCAUGCGGUGCAGUCCCCUUCCUCCCAGAGAUCAGCUGACAUUCAUCACCGCCGGACAAACAGAAAGAAAGGAAAUCAGACUUGAACACGCAUUUUUACGUUGCCAGAUAAUAUUAGAAACUCAAUGUUUUUUGUUGUUUUGUGUGUAUUGUAGGUGAUAAAGCGACAUUUAUCUUUGAAUAAAGCCUUAAAAUU